AUGUUUGUCCAGGUACCACACACACUGCCCUACACAAUGUUUGUCCAGGUACCAUACACACUCCCCUACACAAUGUUUGUCCAAGUACCAUACACACUCCCCUACACAAUGUUUGUCCAAGUACCAUACACACUCCCCUACACAAUGUUUGUCCAGGUACCAUACACACUCCCCUACACAAUGUUUGUCCAAGUACCAUACACACUCCCCUACACAAUGUUUGUCCAGGUACCAUACACACUGCCCUACACAAUGUUUGUCCAAGUACCAUACACACUCCCCUACACAAUGUUUGUCCAAGUACCAUACACACUGCCCUACACAAUGUUUGUCCAAGUACCAUACACACUGCCCUACACAAUGUUUGUCCAAGUACCAUACACACUCCCCUACACAAUGUUUGUCCAAGUACCAUACACACUCCCCUACACAAUGUUUGUCCAAGUACCAUACACACUCCCCUACACAAUGUUUGUCCAAGUACCAUACACACUCCCCUACACAAUGUUUGUCCAAGUACCAUACACACUGCCCUACACAAUGUUUGUCCAAGUACCAUACACACUGCCCUACACAAUGUUUGUCCAAGUACCAUACACACUGCCCUACACAAUGUUUGUCCAGGUACCAUACACACUGCCCUACACAAUGUUUGUCCAGGUACCAUACACACUGCCCUACACAAUGUUUGUCCAAGUACCAUACACACUGCCCUACACAAUGUUUGUCCAGGUACCAUACACACUGCCCUACACAAUGUUUGUCCAGGUACCAUACACACUGCCCUACACAAUGUUUGUCCAAGUACCAUACACACUGCCCUACACAAUGUUUGUCCAGGUACCGUACACACUCCAAUACUGA